AUGGAGUCAACUAAAAUUGAGGUGCGUUCAAAGCCGCUUCUAAGUCCGACACAUUCCUUAGAUGAGGGUUUCGAAUCAGAUCCUGAUCGUAUUUCAACGGAUUCGCAACUUGUCGGUCAAACGCCCGAAUUUGAUGUUUUGCAGCACACGGAUCGCGAUGGCUUGCAACAUACCCAGAUAACGCGAAGAUCUGAAGCAUCGAACGAACCGACAAGCAUCAUUUGUCUCGAGGGCGAGAUCGAUUCCGAGAUACGAAGUGACGUGGAAGCGACCAAAGUUGUAAUUAAUCGUAAUAAAGUGACGCCGCAACCGACGCAGGUAUCAUCGCAGGCCCAGCAACAACGGUAUCGUCGCGUAAAAACUCGAGCUCCGCCGCCACCAACCUUUGGGCAACACACGUUCAAGCCCCGUUCCCAAUCUGUCGAGUCGGGUAUGCGUUUUAAUUCAUUAAGCACCAUGCCAAGCAGCAGCAACGGGAGCACCUACAAUCACACACUGAACAAUAUGGAUAUCUUAACGGGACGCGCUGACGUUCUUUCUGGUCGGUAUGUUCGUGUAACGGUAGAUCCGCGUGCCUCGUCGCGAUUAUCGUCGAUUAACAGCAGUUUUGUGACAACAGCUGCGGCGCCGCUCACGACUUCGAGUAGUACAUCGGCAAUUUCGAGUGCAUCCACGAGCCAUCAUCAUCACUUGCAGCAUCAUCAGCAUCAUCAUUACGGAUUAAAGGCAACCGCACCUGCUGCUGCGUACAAUGGAAGUCUGCGAAAUUUCAAUCGAUAUCAUCAACAAUCGACGCAGCAGCAACAACAACAGCAACAACCGCAAUAUCAUAUGCCUGUUUGUUGGACACAAUCUAUUCCAAGGCAAACGAGAAGAUAUAUUACACCAAAUUCAACGUUACCACAAGUGAUAGCUCCCCCGCCAAAUAAGCCGCAAUCCGCUGGAUCAAAGUUAACGGAGAAAAUUCGGGAUCUCGCGACAUCAGCUGGACUAAUAUCGGCAAAGCCACGCCCGCCAUUGAAGCCGGUGAUAAAAACGCGGGGAUCGAGUCAAACGGAAUACCCGAAGAAGGUGACAUUUAGUGCGUUUGCCACAGUGCAAGUUGUGUAA